AUGCGGCUGGGAAUUCUUCGAAGGUUCUCGUAUUUGAUUCAUCGAAGGACGAGAUCAGAUCCUGUUCUCCUUCAAUCUUCUCGUCCCGCUGCCGCCUUUUCUUCCUCAAUAUCUUUGGAUGGUCUCCAGCAACGCAAUGAUUUGGCGACAUGCGUGAUCGAUACUGUUCUACCACCAGCACCAGUUCUAUCUCCUUUUAUGCCUAUCCAUAUUCCGCCCGACGUAGAAGAUCCCACGCCGCGUUCGAUUCAUUCUCAGCGACUUUCGCCAAGGUCCCCCGUUGUAGAUAGCGAUCCCUGGCUUCGGCUCUCUGCAGCACAGAAACACGCUGGUGAACUAGCGGCACAAUCAUCACAGCUCAAAGCAUCUCUAGAGGCCCUCAAGAUCGAAUCAAACUCUGCCGAAGGAGCAGCCCGCAAGGCUAAGAAUGAUCUUGACCGCGUUCGAUCACUCGCCAAUCGCCAGAAACGCGCGAGUGCAGAUUUAGAAUUGCGAGUAAAAGCGAGGAGGGAUGAACUCAUUCAAUGUGAAGCAUUUGCUAAAGCGCUCUCUGAACCCGACCUUCUAGCUCUUGCUCGUGCUCGUUCAGGCUUGGCAACUUCACCAGAAACGACGAGUGGACAGGAUUUCGAGGAAAGUGCUGUCGAAGCUAUUCGGGAAGCUUCAUCUAAUGACGGAAGUAUCUGGUCCAAGAUCGUAUCACUUGUUAUCGGCCCUCGUGCCCCUGACAACUACAUCAACUCUAUCAACAUGACUCUCCAGGCCAGACAAGAACUUCGGUAUUGGAAAAAAGUCUCGAAUUUCUGGAAAAAGACUGCAAGAGAAAACAAUACUAACACUGGCGCUCCUACCCCCUCCACUUCAAUUGUAUCCGAAAUACGGGAAAUUCUAAGCGAUGAGCGGAAAAGGGCAGUCCAAGAGUUGACCGAAAAGAGGAAAACGCUGGGAUUGAACACUACUUGCAACGAGUCCACGUCGAGCGGGUCUCUCAGUUCAAGUUCAAAUGAAUCGUUCAAACUGUCGUAUCGACUUCCAGAUUCUCAACCGUCUUUUACUUCGGUCAUGUCUACUAUGUCAAAAUCCGUAUCCAGCCGUGAAAGUACAGUUCCACAGUCUGCUGAUCGCCUUGCGCCUUUAGCAAGCGACCUUUUCAAACAAGAUCUACUCUCUAGUCACUCCGCUCAACGUAUGUUUUCAAGUUCGUCGCAUAAAUCUCUAUGGUCCUCCUUCGCAGCCGAGAAACAAGUACAAGUCAUCUCAAGGCCUUCCGAAAAAUCUUUCGGGAAGCGCAAGGCAGUAAGCGCUCGUGAUAGUUCUGCCUCUACGCUCCCAACCAGCUUUUCCUUCGAAUCGAACGUUGGCCAAAUCGGAAGUUCCGCGAUCGACUCAUCGUCCUCGAGCGGCCAUCUAUCCAGUCUGGCGUCGUUCAACUCUAAUGCAUCGCGUCAAGGUGUUCCGAUUUCCCACCUCUGGACAGGUCCUAAAUCUCUACCCGAAGACAUCGAACCCUCGCACAACAGCCUAACGUCUGCGGAACGCGCUUUGGAGUCUUUCGAACGUAUCUGCAAUCGAUUCUCUAGCGCAAGCAAUCUUGGGUCAUUGCAGAGUAUUAGUGAAGAAUCUGCCUUUUCCAAUCCAACAACGAAUGGACCUCAGAUUGUGGUACAUAUAUCGGAAGAGCUUAGCUCAGAGUCACUUUCUAGUGCUGGGUCGAUGGGAGAUCUCGACGCACAGUUUGCUACGCUACAUCCAGAACUUUGUCUUCCUGUCUCUAAAGCUCCGACUUUCGAAGGAGACAUGACACUGGUCGAGAGUGGGAGCGAAGAGAGUAAUCAAGGGUUGACUCAUCACGAGAACGACAUGACACUAGUCGAAGUCGACAGGGAAGAAGGAUUGAAGGCUAUCAUCAAAGAGGACGCCUCCCUGGAAGAUGGACCUCUGACGAAGAAAUCCCGCCUUCCAUUCUUCAAAAUCCCUGAUCGUCUAUCCCAAAUGUCCAAAAUGACUGGAUCCUCGUCCAAGAAGUCGCUUUCCUCUUUCCGAAGUCGAAACUCCUCAAGCACCAUUUCCACUGUAGCUUCCAAAGAAAAUAACGGUCCACGUUCAGUGAAGAACUUCCUUGUUGGUAUACCCGGUUUCAAGCCAAUAUUGCCCUUGCGUAUCAUCAAAAAGGACAAACUCGGGACAAACAUAUGA